AUGGGGGGCGAUUUGAUUGAUGCAAGAUUGGGCUUCAGUCGAACAUCAGAUUUGGAGAUUGAAACUUCGAAAUCUACAAAGGUAUGUUUAUCUGGUUCAAUCAACAGUGUUACAGCUGCGACAAGGCAUGAAUAUGAAACUAGCUUAAAGAAUCAGGAUCCAGAUGUUUAUGAUUUGAAUCCAAUAACCAAGGAUACUGGAUUGGAAGACUCUUCUAUGCAGAAAACAACAAAUAUUGGAAAGAAGUUUGAGAGUGUGGUAUCUGAACUAAAGAAGUUGGAUGAUAAUGCAAGUUCCAGAAAUGAUGUUUCAGCACAGAGUGAUAUGGUGAACCAAUCGGAUCCCAUGCUUGCAAUUGCUGAUAUCUAUAAUGAGGAAAGAUGUGAAUUAGCUGGCUUGUACAAUGAUGGAGAGCACUAUGAUUCAGAGGAUUCUGCAGAGGGUGGUUUUCUAACAGAUGAAGAAGGGGAAGAUGAUGUUGCCGAAGAUGAAGAAUAUUUGUUUCCCAACCCAGAUGAGGCUGAAGGUACCAAGAAACCAGAGAUUGGAAUGAGUUUUGACACGCUGGAUGAUGCUCACAGAUUCGUGAAUAUAUAUGGGCAAGUGAAUGGAUUUGCAGUUUUUAAGGGGAGAAACUACAAAAAUAAGAAAAUAUUUUUGAUGUGCAAUAAAAGUAAGAAAGCAGCAGAGCCAAAGAAUCCACACAAGAAAAGGAAAAGAUCCUAUGUUAAGGGAACCAGUUGCAAGAUGAGGAUCAUUGUAGUGUUGCAGCAAGGCAGAUGGAAGUUCAGUGAUGUAGAUCUUGUGCAUAAUCAUGAUUUAGUGAGCAGCCCUUCUUUGACCAAAUUCUUCAUUAAUCAUAGAUAUAUGACUGUUGAGGAGAAAAUUUUUUCAAGAAUUCUCCAAGAAGCUAGAAUAAAGCCAAGGAGAAUAAUGCAAAUAUUUAGAAAGAUGAAAGGCAGCUUCAAGAACAUGAAUUUUGGGAGAACACAGCUUAAAAAUCUGAAGCAAGCUGAUAGAAAGCAAAAGAUGAGAAAUACAGAUAUAGAUAGCACCAUGAACUACGUGAAGAAAAUGCAAAAGCAACAUCCUGGUUUCUACUACACUAUGAGAACAGAUGACAACAACACGGUUAGAAGUAUUUUCUGGACUGAUGCGUCUUCAAGACUAAACUACAAGCUGUAUGGAGAUUUCAUUUCUUUUGAUACUACUUUCAGCACAAAUAAGUAUAAUAUGCCUUUUGCUCCUUUGGUUGGGAUUAAUGGUCAUGGGAGAACUGUGGUUUUUGGAUAUGCAUUGCUAGAAAAUCAAACUGCAGAAACUUUCUCUUGGCUAUUUAAUGUACUGCUGGAAGUAAUGGAUGGUAGAAGACCAGAAAUUAUAAUUACAGAUCAAGAUGCUGCUAUGAAGAAGGCAAUAUUUGAAGUUUUUGGGACAAAAGUUCAUAGAAAUUGCUUUUGGCAUAUCAUGAGGAAUGCUAGAGAGAAUCUUGGAACCUUAUUGAAAGACAUAGAAAAUCUCGGAAAAGAAUUAGAGAAGUUGAUAUAUGAGUCCAUAAGUAGAGAGGAAUUUGAUGAAGGGUGGACAGCCAUCAUAGAAAAAUAUGGUCUGCAAGAAAAUUCAUCCCUGAAAUUGAUGUGGAAAAAUAGACAUAUGUGGGUACCAGCUUACUUCAUGGACGUGUUCUUUCCAUUCAUCAAGACCACGGGUAGAAGUGAAAGCACCAAUUCAUCAUUUAAGGAUUAUGUUUUGAGAAAGGAUAGCAUAGAAACAUUCCUUCGGCAAUGUGAGAUAUUUCAGGAGGAACAAGCUGAAAUUGAGCGGAGGGACAGAUUUGAAUCAAAUGUUCAGGAGCCGGUUUUGCUUCUAUGCAAAUGA